CUGGGCCAGGCCUCGGGCUUCAGGCUUGGCGAUGGCCGCCAGCACUCCGGCCGCGGAGAGCGGCUCCUCCCGCCGCUGCCUCGCCACCCAGUACUUCAACGAGGAGGAGAAUAAUGCGAUCGAGAGCCUGACGACCAGUGAGCGGGUGGUGGAUCUGUUGAAUCAAGCAGCACUGAUUGUCACUGACAACAAGAUCAGUGUUCUCAAACAGGUCCAGGAGCUAAUUUUGAAUAAGGAUCCGACGCUUCUUGACAACUUUCUGGAUGAGAUCAUUGCAUUUCAGUCAGAUAAAUCCAUCGAUGUUCGUAAAUUUGUCAUUGGAUUCAUGGAGGAGGCAUGUAAGCGGGAUAAUGAGCUGCUGCCUAAGCUAAUUGCCAACCUCAACAUGCUGCUAAAGGAUGAGAAUGUCAACGUGGUGAAGAAGGUUAUAUUGACCAUGACACAGUUAUACAAGGUGGCUCUCCAGUGGAUGGUGAAGUCCAAGGUUAUCAAUGAGGUCAAGGAGGCGUGCUGGGACAUGGUUAGUAACAUGCAGGAUGAUAUUGUCUUGAUGCUGGACUCUGACAACGAUGGAAUCCGCACUCACGCCAUCAAGUUCAUCGAAAGUUUGAUUAUCACGCUGUCGCCUCGCACCCCGGAUUCAGAUGUCCCCAAACGGCAGGAGAAUGAUAUCAGCUUGGACCGCAUCGUGAAGGAUCACUCUUACAUUAAUGCCAGCAGUCUUCAGCAAGAAGGUAAAAUGGCACUGGAUCAACUCCUGAAGUUCAUGGUGCAUCCCGCCAUUUCCAGCAUCAACCUGACUGUUGCGUUGGGCUCCUUGGCAACCAUCGCCAGGCAACGCCCGAUGUACAUGUCUGAGGUCAUCCAGGCCUACGAGACCCUACACGCGAACCUGCCUCCGACCCUGGCCAAGUCGCAGGUCAGCAGUGUGCGGAAGAACUUGAAGCUGCACUUGCUGAGCGUGCUGAAGCACCCGUCCUCCGUGGAAUUCCAUGCCCAGAUCACCACGCUGCUCCUGGACCUGGGCACGCAGCAACAGGAGAUUGCCCGCAACAUGCCCAACCUGAAGGACAUGAGGAAACGGCGGGGAGAGGACACUGAUCAGGGCAUGAAGAAAAUCAAAAUAGAGCCGUUAGGUGAGGAUGAUGAAGACAAGGACCUUGAACAAGCGGCAACUUCCACUUCUAAACCAUCAUCGUCCCAGAGUACACAGUCCGCCAUUGAUGUCACAGCUCAGUUUCUAAUGCCGCUACUUUCACCAGAGAAUGUAGCGAAUCUGGUGUUGAUCAGCAUGGUGUACCUUCCAGAUGUGAUGCCAGCCUCCUUCCAGGCCACCUACACCCCGGUUGAAUCGGCAGGGACUGACGCCCAGAUAAAACACUUAGCCCGGCUCAUGGCCACGCAGAUGACAUCAGCAGGUCUCGGGCCAGGCGUCGACCAGAUGAAGCUCCAAUCUGACGAGGACCUGAAACAGGGGAAAGAUGUGAAAAGCGAGGGGCUGGUUAUCAAGCGGCGUUACUCCAUGAUGCGGCACGGCCAAGCCAUCUCUGUUGUCGGAGCACCCUUUACCCAGCCCACCAAAGAGGAGGAGAUGCAAGCAAAGCGUCGAGUGGAACCCAUUUUGCAGUCUAGUCAGUCAAGGCCGGGGCAGAGCGGGCGGAAGAAGGUUUUCCGCCUGGGAGACGUCGUCCAGCAGCUGCCUGCGGAUAAGAUCGACAAGCUGAAGCUCGGAGCCGUGCAACGCAUCCUCAAAGCGGAGAAAGCAGUCGCGCGAGGUGGAGCUGGAGCGAUUCGUGUGAAGAUUCUUGCCCGUCUCGUGACGCAAUUUGAUGGGAAGUUGAAAGGCAAGAUGAUGGAUUUCAUCCUGGAGGAUAUCCGGAACCGUGUGGACCUUGCGUUUGCCUGGCUGUACCAGGAGUACAACCUGUACCUGGACAAGUGGCCCAAUGGCAAUCUGGAGAAUUACGAUGAAUGUUUGACCAGCUUACUGUCUGGGCUGCAGGAGAAACCAGACCAGAAGGAUGGGCUGUUUACAAAGCUGGUUCUGGAGGCUCCGUGUAUAACUGACAGUGCGUUAGAGGUGAUCCGCCGGUACUGCGAGGAUAAGACUCGCAUUUACCUUGGAAUGUCAACACUAAGGGAUCUGAUCUUCAAGAGGCCUUCAAAGCAGCUGCAGUACCUCCAUGUGCUGCUCGAUUUGAGCUCUCAUGAGAAGGACAAGGUCCGCUCCCAGGCACUGAUGUUCAUCAAAAGAAUGUACGACAAGGAGCAGCUACGUGACUACAUCGAGAAGUUUGCCCUGAAUUACUUGCAGCUGCUAGUUCAUCCCAACCCACCCUCCAUCCUCUUCGGGGCUGACAAGGACACAGAGGUGGCAGCCCCUUGGACAGAGGAAAUGGUGAAACAGUGUCUCUACCUGUACCUUGCUCUGCUUCCCCAGAACCACAAACUUAUUCAUGAACUUGCUGCCGUCUACACUGAGGCCAUCGCUGAUAUUAAGCGCACGGUGUUGCGUGUCAUCGAGCAGCCGAUCCGAGGGAUGGGAAUGAACUCGCCUGAGCUGCUUCUGUUAGUGGAGAACUGUCCAAAAGGAGCAGAAACCCUUGUGACUCGUUGCCUGCACAUUUUGACAGACAAAGUUCCGCCAUCACCUGAGCUAGUGAAGCGAGUCCGCGAUCUCUACCACAAGAGGGUCCCAGAUGUCCGCUUCCUAAUCCCUGUGCUUAAUGGCCUCGAGAAGAAAGAAGUAACCCAGGCCCUGCCCAAAUUGAUUAAACUCAAUCCCAUUGUGGUGAAGGAGGUGUUUAACCGGCUCCUGGGGACCACGCACGUAGGUGAAGGUGUGUCAGCAGCAAUUUCACCUCUGACCCCAGGUGACCUGCUGAUAGCUCUGCACAACAUUGACUCCACCAAAUGUGACAUGAAGUCCAUAAUUAAAGCUACGAACCUGUGCUUCGCAGAGAGGAAUGUCUACACCUCGGAGGUUCUUGCUGUUGUGAUGCAGCAGCUGAUGGAACAGAGCCCACUCCCCAUGCUGCUGAUGCGAACAGUCAUUCAGUCGCUUACAAUGUACCCCCGGCUCGGGGGCUUUGUCAUGAACAUCCUGUCUCGGCUGAUAAUGAAACAGGUUUGGAAAUACCCCAAGGUCUGGGAAGGCUUCAUUAAGUGUUGCCAGCGAACGAAACCUCAGUCCUUCCAGGUGCUCCUGCAGCUCCCGCCUGCUCAACUCGCCAAUGUUUUCGAGAAGUGUCCAGAGCUUCGCGAGCCACUCUUGACACACGUGCGUUCUUUCACACCCCACCAGCAAAAUCACAUUCCUAAGUCAAUAAUGACUGUGCUGGAGGCCAACUUGAAGCCAGAUGCAGAGCCUGUUGAGCAAAAGCCAGCGGGUGAGGAGGAAGUGCAGCAUCUGACCAUUGCUCACACCCAGAAGGAUCUGAUCACCAUGCGACUGGCACAGGAGAAAGCUUUGAAGAGAAAACUGGAGGAGGAGCAGAAACUCAAGCAGCAGCAGCAUCUGGCUGCACAGCUGCACCCACUACAGAGCACACCGGCUCCUCCGAGUCUGACCGCCCCUGGGCCCCCAAUCCAGACUGCCGUGGCUCCUCAGAAUCAGAUUGUCGCCACCCCCUCAGUCCAGUCUGCCCCGGCCCCUCCAAACCUGAUAGUUCCGGCACCCCCAGUCCAGACCACCCCUGCACCCCCGAGCCUGAUCACCCCAGCCCCUCCAAGCCUGAUCGCCCCGUCUCCCGCCGUCAAAACCAUCCCGGCUCCUCCCAGCCUGAUCGCCCCGGGCCCUCCCAGCCAGGCCGCUUCCAAGUCUCCCACCCAGGCCACUUUGGCGCCACCCAGCCAGGCAGCCCCAACCCAACCGACCACUGCCUUGGUGGUGGCGCCAAAGGAUGAGCCGAUGGAAACCAGCAGCAGCGCUCCUGACCCGACUGCAAGCAGAGAGACAGAGAAUCCGACGAUCAUCAUCGAUGUGAAGGAAGAGGAGGAGGGACCGAUGGCUUUGGAUGAGACGUCCCAUGGGAUGGUUGUCAUGGAUACUGACUCUGCCCCCAGGGAGCACGCCAGCCAGCAGCCAGUCCUCCACCAAGUGGGACACCUGGUGGCGCGGGACCACGGGGACGUCACGGAGCAGGUGAUUCUCGUCCGGGAUGAGCCAGUGCAGGCGGAGAAACCGGCACUGGGCAGCGAGCUGGCGAACACGCCGGAGGAGCCGAUGGAGCAAGGAGCAGAGGGCGGGGUGUCCGAGGAGAAAGUCGAAGAGGAUGCGGAGAAGGAACAGGCAGUCGCCAAUGACGCACAGCAACCCAUCACCAAACGCAAAUCUGCUUUGAGGAAAAGCAGCUAAAGAAACCCAACCAGAGAUUUCAGCCGAUAGUAUUUGUAAAGUUACUGGCCGUCUCAUGGAUAGCGUUCAAGUACUGGCUGAAAGGGUCAGAUAGAAAGCACACACUUCACAGGAAAGUGCACCCUUACCUGCGGUUUCCUUUUUUGCCCUGGGCUUCAAUUAAUACUAGGAUCCAAUUUAAGUUCUUUUUUUCAAACCCAGGAAGGUCCCCAACUGGCUGGACUGAAAUAAAUCUUUUGGGGGUGAUAGUUGAGGAGGGGAUUUAUCUUCUGGUCCUGUUCCUGAAUGGGUAAUGACCAGAGAUUGUCCGCAUCAGCCGGGACAUGUCAACAAUGCAGCCCUUGACCCCAGAUACAGCUCCGGGGCUAUCACUUCCGAUUGUGGGUUCGAGUCCUUCAGAACGAACCUUGAACUCCUGAAGCCCUUCAAAGGCGUACAAGCCCAUUUGAGAGCGCAGACCCAUUUUGAAAGACUUGACUGACUUCUGUUGCCAGGGGACAGUUAUCGACUUGAUAUGGGAGGACCCGUUGGACUGAUUCUUGGCGGGUGUCUGCUGGGUGUGGAAUGUGAGGCCAUGUUUGAUCCUUGCUGAAUUUGAAGUCGAGAUUGUGUCUGGAUUGAGCAUGCAUCCCAGCUUCUCCUGCUUUCCUCCUGCUGUGCUGCGGGGUUGCUUUGUCCUCUGUGUUCAGCUGCUCUCUGGAUCUCAGUAUGUUUAUUGUGCAUCCAUAAACAACUUAGUUCAGACGUGUUUUAGUAUAACCCCAAAAGGCCCAAGAAGGGCUGAGGCUCUUUCCUUUAAAACUGUAGUGAAAAUAUUGUCUGUUUGAUAUUUAAAAAUAGAAAGUAUAUUGUGGCUGUUUUGAGUUUACCUUUGUGUUCAAGCUGGGACUAAUGUUUUGGAUGACUUUACACCUAAAUCAUCAAGAAUGUGAAAUGAAUAAAAGAUUG